GCGCUAGGCCCCGGCCCGGCCCGGCCCGGUUCGGCCCUGUCUCGUCUCGUCAUGCUGUCCGGGCAGCAGGAGGAGGACUUCCAGCGCUUCCUGCACCGCGUGGACGACAUCACCAACUUACUUCAAGGCUUGAACUCUCCGGACCCUGAGGUGAAGGAAAAUGCCAUUGCAGAAACAGAGAAAAGGCUCCGUGAGCAGGAGGCCGGCAAGCACGAAGAAAGCAAGACCACGGUGAACAGAACGGUCAUCAACACGCGGGCUUCUGACGUGUCAACUGCAGAGGCAGUGAACAGAGAUGGCUUUCUGGCAGCUUUGGAAAAGGAUGCAAAAGAACGAGCUAAACGAAGGAGAAGAAAUGAACGGUUUGCAAACGCCCUGAAAGAGAAGGGAAACGAUGCCUUCAGGAAAGGAGACUAUGACGUGGCCAUUCAGAGAUACACUGAAGGUCUGGAAAAGCUGAAAGACAAGCAGGAGCUCUAUACCAACAGAGCACAGGCCUACCUGAAAAUGCAUGAAUAUGAAAAAGCCAUUAGUGAUUGCGAAUGGGCAUUGAAGUGCAGUGAAAAAUGUAUUAAAGCCUAUUUUCUAAUGGGGAAAGCUCACCUGGCCCUUAAGCACUACGGUGAGUCUAGGCAGUGUUACCAGAAGAUCUUAGAAAUUGAUCCCCAAAAGGAAAGUUUGUUUAAAGACUGUAUAAACGAGGUAAACUUGGAGGAAAAACGAAUGAAAGAAGAAGACAGAGCAAUGAAGGAAUUUCUGUCUGGAAAACUUGCAGCUCUGUCAGUAAAAGAAUUGCUGCAGAAACUUGACAGGCCUGACCAGAAUAUCCUCUUCUAUACAGGAGGCAUCAGAGCUCUGACAGGAGCCGUGAAAGACUGCACUGAGCAAACUUUAUUUAGAACAAACAAUGGAUUCAGUAUCAUCAAUGACAACGAGGUCGUAAGACGGGGCUUCUGUGCUGAGAGAAAAAACAUGGCUGAAGUGGAUCUGUCUGUUUCUCUUCUGUUCCUUUGGCAAGCUGUCUGCGCCGGGAAUGAAGCAAAUCAACGGCUUCUAUUGACUCACCCUGAUGUGAAUGCACAGCUGUCAGAACUACUUGCUUCUGGGGUAUCGGAGAUCCAAAACGAGACAUUGGCACUAAUCAGGCUCUACUCAGAGAAUGAGACUGGGAGGAGAUUGUUGGUCAGGCAUCAGGACCUAUCCAGAUGGCUGCAGAUAUUGGUGAUGUUCGUCAAAAACACUGAUGCCAGAGCUAGCAGUGCCAUGAGUAUACUGUCUGAUUUAACUCAAGAGGAAAAGUUCAAAACCCAGUGUCGCAUCAUGUUUUCCACAGGUGUUUUACCUUUAUUCAGCCAGUUACUGACCUCUGCCAAGAUUGUGAACCAGGCAGCCCUUGCCCAGUGUGUCGGCAUCAUGGGGAAUCUCUGUGCAGAUGCAGUCAUCCGAAUGCAGAUGGCUGAGAGCAAAGAGUGCUGGCAAGCCUGCAUAAAGCUUGUGGAUGGAUAUUUUGAUGUGAACACUCCCAAGUAUCAGGAAUGUUUGUUUGCAGUGCUGGGCCUAAUGAUGAACUUACUGCUUGAAUCAAAUGCGAUCAUCCAGUGCCUUGCUGUGGACAUAAGUGGCAGAUCCAUGCCUCUCCUCGGGGAUAAGGAUGGAAGAAUCGUGACUAGAGCCAUUGGAGUGUUAAGUCGUGUCCUGCCGGCCUCUUCUUUGGCAGUAGAAGCAGUAGUGAAAGAAGGGGUGGUGAAGAAAAUGAUCAAAUUCUUGAAGGCUGGAGGACAGAUCACAUCCAAUUACGCUAUAAAGACUCUUUCCAUCUGCACAAGAAGUAACAAACAAGCUCAAGAAGAGGUGGUGAAGACAGAUAAAAUUUGCCAACCCAGACAUUGCUCUGCUGCUAGGAGCAUGUUGAAAUCAAGCUAUAAAUCCCAUGACAUUAAAUGGUGUUCUGGCUGGGCCAGCCAGUUCGCCUUCACUGGCCAGUGCUGGUACCACUGUGGCAGUCUGGAGCAGCCCUCCCUGUUCAGAAGGUAUUUUUGCAGCAGAAAAAGGAAGAAGCAUAAUGUGAUUAGGAAGAACAGAUGGGGACGUGAAAGGAAAUAAAAUCAAAUUUACGUAACCCCAAGGAGACUUCAUGUAUGUGAAGGCCAUGGGUGUAUCUUAUUUUGAAAGCAUCCUCCUUCUAGAUUCUAUGGCCUGAGGAGAUGGGGCUGCUGUUCCCAGAUGCCAGCAGCAGCCGCUGUACAGCUCUGUGUCAGGAGUAUAGCAUAGUCUGCUGUACAUUAGUGUAGGUUACAGAAGUAGAUGGAGCUGAGCUGCUUUGUAUUAGCUAAACAUACAUUUAUACACACACACAGAGCAUUUUUAUGUUCCUUUUCCUUUUUUUCCCAACUGCUCUUUCCACAGUCUUAGCCUUGUUCUUGGUUUGCUGGUACAGUAGGGUGAGAGGGGUUGCUUUUUCAAGUUCAGUGCAAUAUCCCUUAGCAAGCAACAAAGGUGGCAUGUCCUGUUUCAGGGGAACACUUAACAAAUGGAGAGUAGAGUGUAGGUUCAAUUCUAUGAGAAGAGUACCUAGGGAGGUGAAGCAUACUGGACCUUGAACCUUGCUAAGAAAUUCCCUUGCUCUUGCAAGUUUUCUGGAAAAAAAAUAUAGAAAAAUACACACCAUGGAACAAUGCUUGUUCUCUAGUAGUUCAGGUAAAGGCAACAGAAAAUAUCAGUGAUAUUUGAACAAGUCUGCUUUCUGUACAAGAAAUCACUCUUGU